GGGAUGCUGUGCCGGGCGCUCCUCACCUCCCUGACCUUGUCCGCCUCUCGCCCCCAGGGGGAUUUGUGUCCAGGUUACCCCAGCAUGCUGCCACCACCCACCUGGUGGCCUUGCCGCCUCCACAGCCCAUGGGUAUAAAGCCAGGUAGAUGAGCAGGGGCGGCACUCGGGAUGGGGACGCUCCAGGGGCUGUUGCUGUGGCUGCUGCUGGGCACGGGCGGGGCGCAGGCAUCCAGGGGGCCACUCCGCCCACUGUGCCGGCCCGUCAACGCCACCCUGGCCGCUGAGAACGAGGCCUGCCCGGUCUGCAUCACCUUCACCACCAGCAUCUGUGCCGGCUACUGCCCCAGCAUGGUGCGGGUGCUGCCCGCCGCCCUGCCGCCCGUGCCCCAGCCCGUGUGCACGUACCGCGAGCUGCGCUUCGCCUCCAUCCGCCUCCCCGGCUGUCCACCUGGCGUGGACCCCGAGGUGUCCUUCCCCGUGGCCCUCAGCUGUCGCUGUGGGCCCUGCCGCCUCAGCAGCUCCGACUGUGGGGGUCCGCGGGCUCAGCCCCUGGCCUGCGACCUCCCCCACCUCCCAGGCCUCCUCUUCCUCUGA